AUGUCUUAUGCCCUAUUAACAGACAGUAGAUGGACUUCCUGUUACCAGCCUCGAUGGCCUAGAUUUGGAGGUGGAUACAGAUGUACCUAUGAGUUCUCUGCUUUGAUCAGGGGCUAUAGAAGUCUUUGGCGGUCCAGCCAUUACCAAGCAGUCAUGCCAUCGAACGCUAGAUUCUUUUCAUUCUUCUAUUACUCCCUUAGUUACUAUUAUGCAUGGAUUGAGAGAGAUGUCUUACCCCGUUUCUACUGCUGUGGACUUGCUGGUGGAAACUUCUGUAGGCUUUACGAGCUACGUCGUCCACGGGCUCACUGCUUUGGAUAUAGGCGACCAUGGUGGGGAUGGUUUUGGGGUGAUCCGCAUAUCAAUACUCUGGAUGGGAGGAAAUACACCUUCAACGGCCUUGGUGAAUACAUUACGUUGUCUUACAGUCACGGUGAUCCAUUCGUUUUACAAUCAAGAACUGGCAAGGCUUUUAACAACAGUGAACCCGUUGAACACGGAACGGUCUUCAUAGGGUUCGCUGCUACACAAGAUAUCACGAAGGUUGAAUUCCAGCUGAACGACAACAGGACAGAAAUGAGUAUUCUUGUUAAUGGUUCCUCCAUUAAUAUGACAGAUUUCCUAAAUGAUGGAUAUGACUCGCAGGAUCCGACUUUCAUCUUAUCCUUGGAUAAUGAGACCGAAUCCGAGGAUGAGAUCAAGGUCACAGCUCUCUUUCAACCUGAAGGCUAUUCGAGUACGUCCUUUACAGUGACCUUUAAGAAUGGGAUCUUGGAUAUAACCGUCAUGGUCCCGCCUGAGUAUUCUGAGAACGCAACAGGGAGGGGUCUGCUUGGUAAUGUCAAUGGAGAUAAAACAGAUGAUUUUCUUUUACGGAAUGGAACGUUACUUACCGAUCAACCCGGGAGAAAUCUAACAGAAGAAGAAAUAUACCAAUUCGGACAAUCAUGGAUGAUAACGAAGAACGAGUCGCUGUUUGAAUACGGUGAUAGGGACUGGAGUUACUACAACCCGAGUAACUAUACACCAAUGUUCUUAGACGCCCUGCUCGCCCUCGACCCAAACAGGACCAGAGAGGCCCGGGAGACUUGCGGGGAUGACGAAACGUGCCUUUUCGACUUCCUCGCCGUCAACCCCGAAUUGGGAAAACAGACGAUGGACACCGGGAACCAACUCGACAACGAACUCGUAAACCUUGAUAAUUUCCCUCCGAACAUAACAAGCGUCAUGGAACUUACAGAAACAGAUGCACUACAGGAGGAUGACGUUCUCUUCGUGCAAGUGGGCGUGAACGUUACCUUAGAGAUUACUGCACAUGAUCCUAACGAUGAUGACGUAUACUUUACUUUCAACGAUACAACUCCAGAUGGCGCCAAUAUCAGCGCAGAUGGUAUUUUCACCUGGACACCCACUAAUCUAAACAUCUCCUCCAUUGAGAUCAUCGCGAUGGACAACCGAGGCGCAGAGACUUCCCUCUCCUACAAAGUCCUCAUCUGUCAAUGCGAGAACGAUGGCGAGUGUGAUUUCGAGAGCCAAGCCGAGGGACAGGACCUCAAUGCUAAUGGCUUUGCUGUGGUCACGUGCAACUGCACUGGUGGGUGGUCAGGUGACCACUGUGACGUGGACUACGAUGCAUGUGAGGGUAGCGGGCCUUGUUAUGAGGGGGUUCUCUGCUACGAUGAGCCCCCGUCCUCAGAGGAAGAAUACAGAUGCGGGCCCUGCCCUCCUCAAUUGACAGGCAACGGGAGUAAUUGCUUCGACUUCAACGAAUGUGCUGAAGAUGACACCAACGAAUGUGACCAGAUUUGUGAAAAUGAGUUGGGUUCCUACACAUGCUCUUGUGAAUCGGGCUACAGGCUUGGCCUUGAUCAACGUUCAUGUACCUGUAAGUUAAUGUGA